CUUGGUCUUGUUCCUACAUUGCCUAUGUGGAACCAACUUUUAUGUGAAUUCAAUGUCGCAGGCUUGGUUUCUCAGGGAAUCUGGAUUUGGCUUUAGGAUAUGUUAGGAGAAAUGAAAUUGAUACUGUUACCUAUAAUACCAUCAUUUUGGGUUUCUGUGCCCAAGGAUUAGCUAAUCAAGGUUUUGGGCUGUUAUCUGAAAUGGUUAAAAAGGGCAUUAGUAUUGAUCCUUUUACUUGUAAUAUACUUGUUAAAGGGUAUGGCAGAAUUGGAUUGGUGAAGUAUGCAGAGUGGGUGAUGCACAAUCUUGUGGAUGGGGGGAUUCCACAGGACAUUAUUGGUCUUGACACCUUAAUUGAUGGAUAUUGUAAAGCUGGGUUAAUGAAUCAUGCACUAACUUUGAUGGCGAAUGGAUGGAGGGAUGGUCUUCUGCCUGAUAUUGUUGCUUAUAAUACUUUUCUUAAUGCUUUUUGCAAAAUGGAUAAUGUUGUGAGGGCCAAGUCUCUUACUGAUGAGAUUUUUGGCCAUCAAAUGAACACAGAAUGCGAACAAUUUGAAAAUUUUGAUAUGCAAAGUCCAGAUGAGAACAGAGAGUUGCAGCCAACCCUCACUACUUAUACCACGUUAAUUACUGCAUAUUGUAAGCAACAAGGAAUUGAAGAAGCCCUUUCUCUGUAUAAGCAAAUGAUCAAGAAUGGGAUCAUUCCUGAUGUGGUUACUUAUAGUUCUCUUCUUCAUGGGCUUUGUAGACAUGGGAGAUUAAAUGAAGCAGCACUGUUAUUGAAGGAGAUGGAUAAAAUGGGUUUGAAUCCUAAUCAUAUCUCGUACUCUAUUGUUAUGAACUACUUGUUCAAGUCAGGAAGGUCGGUGGAAGCUUUGAAUCUUCUAAGCCAUUUGGUUGUUCGGGGCAUUUCUUUUGAUCUAGUUCUGUGUACAACUAUAAUGAAUGGCCUUUCUAAGGUUGGAAAGAUCGAAGAGGCUGAAGACAUGUUCCAAACUAUUUUAAAACUUAAUCUUAUUCCAAACUGUGUGACCUAUUCUGCACUCCUGGAUGGGUACUGGAACUUGGGAAACAUGGACUAUGCAGAUUUGUUGUUGCAACAAAUGGAGAGGGAACGUAUUCUGCCAAAUGUUGUUACUUAUUCUUCUAUUAUAAAUGGAUAUGUUAAAAAGGGAAUGCUUAGUGAAGCUGUUGAUGUGUUAAGGAAGAUGGUCAAGCAAAAUAUUUCACCAAAUGUUUUUGUUUAUGCAAUUUUAUUAGAUGGCUAUUUCAAAGAAGGAAAACAAGAGGUUGCAUUUGAUUUCUAUAAGGAAAUGCAAUCACAGGGAUUGAAGGAAAACAAUAUUAUAUUUGAUGUUCUCUUGAACAACUUGAAGAGACUGGGGAGGAUGGAAGAUGCUAAGUCAUUAAUGAAAGAUAUGUGCUCUUGGGAUCUUUCACCAGAUUUGUUUAACUACACUUCUGUAAUGGAUUGCUACUUCAAAGAAGGAAAUGAGUCAGCAGCCCUAAGUGUAGUCCAGGAAAUGGAAGACAAAAAUAUAAAGCUUGAUGUUGCUGCAUACAAUGCUUUAAUCAAUGGCCUUCUGAGGCUUGGGAAAUAUGAACCUCAGUCUGUGUUUUCAACUAUGUUAGAGUUGGGUUUGGCUCCAACUUGUGCUACAUAUAACACUGUAAUCAAUGCAUGCUGCAGGAAAGGUAACGCAGAAAAUGCUUUGAAUUUCUUGAGUGAGAUGAAGCACCAUGGGGUAAUGCCAAAUGCAACCACUUACAACAUUCUGAUAUUUGGGCUUUGUAAAACCGGGGCAAUUGAAAAGGCAUUGGAUGUUUUUAAUGAAAUGUUGGUUAUGGGGUUUCCUCCUGUCUUUAAUACUCAUAAGUUUCUGCUUGAAGCAUCUUCAAAGGAUAUGAAAGCAGAUACAAUUUUGCAAAUUCACAAGAGGCUUGUGGAUAUGGGGCUCAAACUUGAUAGAACAGUGUAUAACAAUCUUCUUGCUGUACUAUGCAGGUUAGGGAUGACUAGGAAAGCAACUUCAGUUCUUAAUGAAAUGAUGGGAAGGGGAAUUUUAGCUGAUACUGUAACGUACAAUGCCUUUAUCCAUGGUUACUGCGUAAGCAAGAAUGUGGAUAAGGCUUUAGCUACUUAUUCACAGAUGUUGAUUGAUGGAAUCUCUCCAAAUGUUACUACUUACAAUUAUCUUUUAGGGGGUCUUUCAACUGCUGGUUUGAUGAGAGAAGCAGAUGAAUUGGUUUGUGAGAUGAAGGAAAGAGGACUUGCCCCAAAUGCUGCUACUUAUAAUAUAUUGGUUUCUGGCCAUGGUAGGGUUGGAAAUAAAUUGGACUCUAUAAAACUUUAUUGUGAGAUGAUAAACAAAGGUUUUGUUCCCAACACUGGAACCUAUAAUGUGCUUAUUUAUGAUUACGCUAAAGCAGGAAAGAUGCCCCAAGCUAGGGAACUUUUGAAUGAGAUGCUGACGAGAGGAAGAACUGCUAAUUCUUCAACUUACGAUAUUUUGAUUUCUGGGUGGUUCAAACUAUCCAAUCAGCCAGAACUGGAUAGGGCACUUAAACAGUCAUAUCUGUCUGAGGCAAAAAGAUUGCUGAGAGAAAUGUAUGAAAAAGGAUUUGUGCCAUCUGAGAGCACCCUUUCACACUUUUCAAAGCCGGGAAAAAGGUCUGAAGCUAAAAGGCUAUUGAAGGUACUUAGGAAAAGGAAGAACGAGGGAGAAAUGGUCUAGCAA